AUGAACAAUCUCAGUGCAAGCUCGAGUGGAAAGGAGGAGACUGCGAAGGUCUUGUUGAUGGGAAGAGCAGGAGCAGGAAAGACCAGCAUGCGGUCCAUCAUUUUCGCAAAUUACCUUGCUCGGGAGACCACUAGGUUGCAUCCGACAAACCAAGUGGAGCACAGUCAUCUGAGGUUCCUCGGCAAUAUGACCUUGUCCUUGUGGGACUGCGGAGGACAGGACGUCUUCAUGGAGAACUACUUCGAGAGCCAGAAGGACCACAUUUUCCGCAAUGUAGUGCGUGUGAUGAUAUAUGUUGUUGCUCUCGCUGGUAACGACCAAAGAGAUGCCGAACAGCAGAAGGAAAUCACCUACUUCAAGAACUCUAUGGAGUCUCUGCGGUCCCUAUCCAAGAGUGCUCAUGUUUACGUCCUUCUCCACAAGUUCGACCUCGUGCCGGAGAACGAGCGGGAGGCUCGCUUCAAAUAUUACUCCGAGCUGCUCUCGCCGUAUUUCGCUGGUAUGACCACUCAGAUCUUCCAGACCAGCAUCUGGGACGAGACACUCUAUCGAGCUUGGUCGGAGAUCGCUCAUUCGCUGAUACCCAACAUGGACGAGCUGCAGAGAGAGCUGGCCAAUUUCGCAAGUGCUGUGGAGGCUGACGAGGUGGUCUUGUUUGAGAAGUCUACCUUCCUGGUCAUUGCCAAUCACACCACGAAGCAGAUGGCCGACCCGCAUCGGUUCGAGAAGAUAUCAAAUAUUGUGAAGCAGUUCAAACUGAGCGUCAAGUGA